UUCCCCCUUAAUAACUCGCGGCUAUUUUUGCGCCGUGCAACGCGGCAGCAUGGAGUACAACGACACGCUGCUCAUCCCAGGCCAGCAUAUACGUCCGCCCGUGACCGAGGAAACGGCAAUCGCUCUGCUGGAGCGACUCUAUGGGAUGAGAGCGACGAGCGUGCGUGAACUGAACGCUUAUGAUGACCGCAAUUACCACGUGGUGUGUGGCGGGACGACUACAAAUCCACACGCGAUCAAUUUGGAAAAUACCAGUUAUGUCCUCAAGGUGAUCAACUCUUUGGAAUCUCGCAAGACCGACGUAAUUGAGGCGCAAACAGAGCUAAUGAUUUUUCUUAAUCAGCAAAACAUCUGCUGCUCGUUACCGGUCAAGAAUGUGAGUGGCGCAUACUUUUCUCUGGAAACUUUAAAGAGCGAGAAUACUAUGGAGAAGUACGCUGUGAGACUACUAGUUUAUCGUCCUGGUGAGCUACUAUCUCGUGUGAAAAUAACCGAUGAGUUGUUAUGCAAACUUGGCAGUUUCACUGCCAGAAUCGAUGAGAUUCUUAUGGGCUUCAAUCAUCCCGCCUAUGACAAUCACAAAUCACUGUGGAUGUUGACUUCGGUGCCGCAAGUGCAGCAAUUCACGUAUGCAAUUAAAAGCUCGUUCGAUAAGCAGUUGGUGCAUGAUGUGAUCGUUAAUUUCCAGAAGAAGGUAUUGCCAGUCACAGAUCAAUUGGAACAAACGGUCAUACAUGGUGAUCUGAAUGAGCACAAUAUUAUUGUAACUCCUGAUGGUAAAGACAUUGCUGCCGUGAUCGAUUUUGGUGACUCUCACAGGACUUGUCGCAUUUUCGAACUAGCUAUAGUUCUUUGCUACAUGAUUUUACAAACAGCCGACGUUGGAAUGGGUAGAUAUGUCGUGGAGGGUUACGAGAAAAUCAAGAAAUUGACCGAAAUGGAGAAAAAAAUUCUCAAAAUCAGUGUAUGUGCUAGGAUAUGCCAGAGUCUUGUAAUGGGCGCUUAUUCGCAUCUGCAUGAUCCCGAAAAUCAGUAUUUGCUAAGCACACAAAAAACCGGAUGGUUGUUAUUGAAAAGAUUAUGGCCCAUGAGUCAAGAGGCUGUGAUGCAAGCCUGGGGAUUGACUGUUCCCUAAAUAAUCAAUUUGUCGAGUUAAGUAAAUAACGUAGAUUAUUCACUACGUUGAUUAUACAUUUUUGUAUAAAUAUUUUAUAUAAAUAUUGAUUCAUUUACUUGGCAAAAGAAGUCUAUAUGUUUUAUAUAUAUAUAUAUAUAUAUAUAUAUAUGGUAUACAUAUUUAAAAAAUAUAUUUUUUUAAAUAUAUAUAUAGCAUAUAUUUUCUUUCUUUUAUAUUAUCUGUAUUCAUAUAGAAAAAAUAAUAAAAAUAUUUUCAAAAUUACGAUUACAUUAUACAAUAAUUAUAUAUACAAUUUUAUAUUAUAAUACAUGGGAAAUUUGUUCUAAUUUCUUCAAACUUUACUUUUUAUAAAAAAAAACAAUAUUAAAAUUAUUUAACUAAUUAUUUUCAAAUUCUUUUUACUAUUUUGCUCAUUUAUAACAGACAUUACAAUAGAAAGAAAACGUAUGCAUUGGCAUAUUUAAUACAUAAUUAUAUGUAUUUAUGUUUUAUUAUAUAGACUUUUUUUACAAGUAAUAAUUCUUGGAAAUAAUUAUAUUGUUUUUGUGACAAAUAAUUGGAUAGAGUAGAUAAAGUCAUUAUUAGAUUGGAUUGAAAGAAACAGAGGUAUCAAAUAUAUCAAUUAUAUAAUUUUCAUUAGAUUGAUAAGUAACUGCAUUGUUAGAUAUUUUCAAAAGAUUAAUUAUUUACUUGUCCUCUUAAGAGAAUUUUAAAUAUCGAUCGCAUUAUAAAACAAAUUAAUUUUCGAAUUGAUUUGACAGAUCACAAAAUCUUUUUACAGGAUAAAGGUACGCACCAAACUUGAAUAGGAUAGAUUUUACAAGAAAGUCGAAGAUAAAGAAAUAAAAGAAGUAAAGGAAAAAGCCUAGCUGUGGCCCAUGUCUACGAUUUGGAUUUUAGCUGAUUUUUCGAGACGCCAUCUCUACAACAUGGACAUACACUACGAUGCCAAUGUAUAUACAGGUUAGACCUCGGAAUGCAUAUUACCCGCGACUGUUGGUACACCUGGCAAACGGAGCGCUGGAAUGCGCGUACACAAACUUCAAAUUUUUCCUAUUCUUUUGUCGUCUUGUCGCGAUUUAUGCGAGCGCAAUUGAGACGAAGCGCAAAUACUGAAAUAUAGGGGCGAAUAAGCGGUUGACUUACCGUUCGCCACUGAUCGCUCGAUCCGUCCAGCUCUGGCUCGACCGCAGUUCUCGAACGUUCGAGUUCGUCCAAGAUCCUUCUCACGAUGAUUCGUCUUCAUUCACACUCGACAUGAAUGCGUGAUUCUUCGGUUUUGGCACUCUCGAAACACUCCUGGUACUCACGCUCGUAGAAAACUCGAAAUACGAGGCCACGGGGAAGUUGCAGACACGAUUGAACGCGAUUUCGCACCAUGCAUCGUAUACGACGGAUGUUGGCACAAACGCCCGACACCAUUUCGCUUUCGACACUCUCGAAACACUCGCUCGCGUCAAAAACUCGUACGGGACAACGAGAAUACGAGUUGAAAUGCGUCACGACGCGCCGCGAUCUUCCGCCGCCCUGUCUAACUGACCGUCUGCUGCUACUGCGUAGCGGCGGUAGAGCAGCGCAGCGGCGCGUAGGCGCCAGUCACGUGAGUCGCGCGUCACGCCGCUACGCAGUGCUACGCAGUGUCAGUCGGUUAGGCAGUUAGGCAGGACGGCGGAAGGUCGCGGUGCGUCGCGGCGCCUUUUAACUCGCAUCCUCGUCGUCCCGUAUGAGAUGUUGACGCGAGCGAGUGUUUCGAGACUGCCGUGCAGUGUCGAAAGCGAAGUGAUGUCGGGCAUUCGUGCCAGCAUCCGUUGCGUCGUGUUGACUUGUGUCGGAUACGAUGGAUAGAGCGAAGUCGUGUCGCGUUCAACCGUGUUUCGCAUCUUCUCCAUUGCCUUGUAUCCCGAGUUUUCGACUCGCGCGAGUACCGGGAGUGUUUCGAGAGUGCCGAAAACGAAGAGUCGCGUGUUCAUGACAAGUGUAAAGGCGAAUCGUCGUGAGGAGGAUCUUGGAUCUCGAACGUUCGAGAGCUGCGACCGAGACGGAGCUGGACGGUGGAUGGAGUGAUCAGCGGCGAACGGUGAGUCAAUUCAUUCGUAUCUACUGUUUAUUUGCCUUCACAUUUCAGUAUAUUCGCGUCUUGUUCUGAUUGCGCUCGCAUAAAUCGCGACAAGACGACUCAAUGAAUUGCGCGAAAGUCGUUAGUAUAGGAAAAAAUUUGAAGUGUGCGUAUGCACACUUGGCGCUCUUUUCGCCAGGUAUGCCAACAGUCGCGGGUGACGUGCUUUCCGAAGUCUAACCUAUAUAUUGGCAUCGUAGUGUAUGUCCACGUUGUAGAGAUGGCAAUGAUGGCAUCACGAAAAAUCGUAUCAGUUAAAAUCCAAAUUGUGGCAUGGUCACUCUUAGCUAGGCUUUUUCUUUUUUUCUUUCGAUUUUCUCGUAAAAUCUAUCUUGUCCAAGUUUUUCUUGGUGCGUAUUUUUAUUCUACAAAAGGAUUUUGUGAUCUGUCAAAUCAAUUCAAAAACGGUAAUUCUACUUGUUUUUGGAAAGCUAUAAUUUUGCAGUUACCUUGAUUUGAUAGCAUUAUAUUACGUGUGAAUUUAUAGUUGCUUAUGCACGUUGUCUUUUUAAAACGUCGCCUAAGAUAAUGGUCAAUUACGAGUGCAAUAAUUCUAUAACAUAUUUUCAAUUAUAUGCAUAAUAAUAAUGUGUAAGAUAUAUCUGAAAAAUGUAAUUAAGACUUGAAAAGAUAUUGUUUUUUUGUAAUCAUUCAAUUCGCACAAGUGAUACUUUUAAUAGAGUCUAUUAAAUACUUGUUGGUAUUAUAUGAUAUGGUCUCAACAAAUAAAAUAUUAGUUUUAGUAAUCAAAAAUGUUUUUCUAAUUAGAUGGCGACAUGUGUAUAUUAGGAAGUUUGUAAUUAAAAUCCUGCUAAAUAAAAAUUGUAAGAAAAAUAA